AGAUGUUUCAUUACACUGGCCAAUGGUGAGGAGAAGGGGGUUGGAUCGCUGUGUGCGGUCCAGAUGCCCCUUCUUUUUAAAAAGCUCCUGUGUCUGACUCGGCUACUGAACUCUGGAGGAGGAGACUCUGCAGCAGCAUCACUCUCACCUGAGGAACCGAAGCGACUCCGCUCAGCUUGGUUUUAGAGCUGAGGGGCCAGCUGUUGACUUAGUGUGAAGUUUGCUUUCAACGUUGAAGAAAAUUCGAAAAAAUAUGUAGAAAUAAAUGUAUUUCCUCAAAAUGUUGGAAUUAACCAAACUGGCUCUUCUGCUGUCCUUCCUGACCUCAGUGGCUCUGGGUCAAGGGUCUGUAAGGAGCAGGAUGCUGUCUGACAGGAGUAAGAGAACGACCUUUCAGGCCUUCAGUGACCCACAGACAACAGGCGUGACGGAGUGGACGUCUUGGUUCAACAUCGACCAUCCUGGAGGAAACGGAGACUAUGAGCGCCUGGAGGCCAUUCGUUUCUACUAUAGAGAGAGAGUCUGUGUUCGACCCACUGCCAUGGAGGCUCGUACCACAGACUGGGUGGCGGCUGCAGACACUGGGGAAGUGGUGCACUCCAGUUUAGAGAAGGGCUUCUGGUGCAUCAACAAAGAGCAGCCCCUUGGUCGGGCCUGUUCCAACUACCACGUUCGCUUUCAGUGCCCCCCAGUGCAGAGUUACUGGACUGACUGGAGCGAGUGGGGACCUUGCUCCACCACAGCCUGUAAUGAUGUAGGAAUCCAACUUCGGCAGAGGAAAUGUGUGAGCGCUCAGCCAAUGCCUCUGCUGUUUGUUCCAGCGUGUCAGGGCCACCACUCGGAGAGAAGGGAGUGCACCACCCCACCCUGCACAGCUAAGUGGAGUCCCUGGGGUCCCUGGGGGAUGUGUUCUGUGACUUGUGGUGGAGGUCGAAGAACCAGAAGAAGAACCUGUGAGAGGACCUCAGCGACUAUUCAAUGUAAAGGGCGACCUGUUGAAGUACACAAGUGUGGAAAGAGUCCAUGUCCAGCUAACUGCCAGCUGGUGUGCUCAGAAGGCCGUCCCAGUGAGGAUUGCAGCAGCUGUGUGUGUGAAGGCCACAUGCUGCAAGGAGAUGUCCAAGGUGUGACUGGGUUCCCCAUAGCAGGGGCCGCCGUGGGUCUGGCCAGCCUUCCCCAAGUCAUCCGAGCUCGUACGGAUGCCAAAGGACAAUUCAGGCUCCCAGGAGUCUGCUCCUCUAGCUCCAUGCUGCUCACCAUCAGGAAGGAGAAAUUUGUCCCGAUCAAUGUUUCUACCUCCAGCAACACUACAGGCUUGUCCUGGCUACGAGCUGUUCUCAAAUCAGCAGAAAAGCCAUACAUUGUGAAGCACCCAGAGGACAAAGUGCGUUAUGAAGGUGGGCGGCUGCUGAUGUGCUGCACAGCAACAGGAUCUCCAGCUCCUGACAAAUACUACUGGUACCACAACGGGACUCUGCUGGACAGGAGGGUGUACAAGUAUGAGGAGGACCUUGUACUGCGUGAUCUGAAGCUGGAGCAGUCGGGAGAGUACUACUGCAAAGCCAGCAGCCCUGCAGGCAGCAUCAAGUCAGCCCCAGCUCUCCUUACUGUGGUUGGUAAAGGAACACCAGCAUGCAACUCUACACCUGAAUUCCACCUCAUUAGACUACCAAUGGACUGCAUUCAACUUGGGACUGACUCUAAGUACUACAAUGCUGGCCGCUGCCCUCACAACCAGUGUGCCGGUUCCCUUGACUAUGACAUGCGCUGCAGAGAUGGAGCUGGAUUCUGCUGUGGGGUACAAAAAAUGGAGAGUCGAAUCAUCGACUGUGGCAACUACAAGCUCCCAAUUCGAGCUGUAUCACAUUGUGGUUGUCAGAAGUGUAUGCAACCCACUGUGCUGGUUCGUGGCAGAGUGGUGACCGCUGACAAUGGUGAGCCUCUACGUUUUGGGCACAUCUAUAUUGGUAAAGAAAGAGUGGGAACUACCGGAUACCAAGGAGGCUUCACUUUGCAAAUUACGCCCGACACGCAAAGAUUGGUGGUGAAUUUCGUUGACCCCACUCAGAGGUUUCUUGACACCCCAAAGGUGUUCAUUCUUGACAAGAAAGGUGGAUCAAUUUAUCAUGAUGUGAAAGUGAUGAGGAAGCAGACACCAAUUGACAUUGAUGCAGGUGAAACCAACUUUAUUGACCUUGGAGAAAUCAAAGGAGAAGACCCAAUAGGGCAGUUGGUCAUACCACCCAACUCCUUCCACAAAGACAAUGGAGAAACAUAUGAAGGAACUGUGAAAGCCAGCGUAACUUUCAUUGAUCCAAGAAACAUCACUACAGCUGCUGCAGCCCCUGGUGACCUCAACUUUGUGGAUGAUGAAGGUGACAUGCUCCCACUGAGAACCUAUGGGAUGUUUUCAGUUGACUUUAGAGAUGAGAGCAACAAAGAGGUUCUUGGAGCUGGUGCUGUCCAAGUCCUUCUUGAUACUCAGCAUGUUAAAAUGCAAGAGCACAUUCCUGAAAUGAAGCUGUGGUCAUUAAACCCAGACACAGGUGUCUGGGAGGAGGAGAGUGACUUUUCCUAUAGCACAACAACCGCCGGUGGUCAUGGAAGAAGCAAACGUGAAGAGCGCACAUUUCUGAUAGGCAACAUGGAGAUUAGAGAACGCAGACUUUUCAAUUUAGAUGUGCCAGAAAGCAGACGCUGUUACGUCAAAGUGCGUGCAUACAUGAGUGACAAGUUCCUGCCUACUGAACAACUGGAGGGCGUUGUAAUAAGUCUGAUAAACCUGGAGCCCAAACCUGGUUAUUCAUCCAAUCCCAGGGCAUGGGGUCGCUUUGACAGUGUCUUAAGUGGGUCCAAUGGGGCCUGUUUACCAGCUUUCUGUGAUGCUAUGAGGCCUGAUGCAUACACUGCUUAUGUCACAGCAAUGCUGGGUGGAGAAGAGCUGGAAGCAGCUCCUUCUUCCCCCAAGAUGAAUCCAAACAUCAUAGGAGUGUCUCAGCCUUACCUAGACAAAAUAAACUACCAGCGUUCUGAUCAUGACGAUCCAGCUUUGAAGAAAACGGCUUUCAAAAUAAAUUUAGCGAAACCCAAUCAAAAUAAUUUUGAUGAGACCAAUGGACCAAUAUAUCCUUAUCAGAAUUUGUUGGGCUGUGAAAACGCUCCUGUGGAUGCAAAUCACUUUCGAUUUUUCAGAGUGGAAAAGGACAAGUAUGAAUACAAUGUUGUUCCCUUUGAGGAGACAGACUUGACAACAUGGACAAGAGACUACCUUUCCUGGUGGCCCAACCCCCAAGAAUUCAGAGCAUGCUUCAUCAAAAUAAAAAUUCAUGGCCAGAAGGAAGUAAUGGUCCGGUCAAGGAAUCUGGGAGGAACACAUCGAGAGACGAGAGGCAAACUUUAUGGCAUUAGAGACAUUCGCAGUACCCGAGACAUGCGAGAAGCAAACACCUCAGCUGCUUGUCUGGAGUUCAAAUGCAGUGGCAUGUUGUUUGAUCAGGCAGAGGUGGACAGAUCCAUCAUAUCAGUGCUUCCACAAGGCAACUGUCGCAGGAUCAGUAUCAAUGGUCUUCUACAGGAGUAUCUCAUUAAACAUCCACCAGUUGCUCAAAACAAUGAAUCUCAUGCCUUCACCAUGUUAGCUCCUGUUGAUCCAUUGGGGCACAACUAUGGCAUCUACACAGUCACAGACCAGAACCCCAGAGUGGCCAAAGAGAUUGCAAUUGGGCGAUGCUUUGAUGGCACCUCGGAUGGUUUCUCCAGAGAGAUGAAGUCAGACUACGGAGUUGCAGUGACCUUCAGCUGCCCAGAAAAGAAAAUAAACAGGGAAAGUCUCUUCCAGCGUCUACAAACCAACCCAGGUCAGACACUGGCUCAAAUGGCAAGGGACAUGAGGGAACUGGAGGGCAUGCAGGUGCAACGGUCCUCCACCCAGGUAGUGGCGUUCCCUUCAGAGCAGCAAGGAAGGACCCAGAGUCGCAGAGUGAGCUCCACAGCCAGAAGGAGAGCAUCCAUUCGAGCACAGCAGCGCCAAUAAAGGUGCCAAGAAGUAUUUUUGAGUUAAAAUAUUUGAUCCAUGUUUACACUGACGGCAAUAUCACAAUGUUUUUGGGUGUUUUUUUGCAUUUUUAUUUUAUUAGAAAUGGAUGUUUGGAAUUUUGUUUAGAGACUACAAACUUUUUGAUGAUAAUUUUGAACUUAUUGAAAACUGACACAGACAUUCAGGCAAGCCCACCAAGCAAGAUCGAUGAUUAUCAGUCAAACAGUAACUUGAAGUUGAAUAUGAUAGAUAAAUAAAGAAAUUAAUGGAAU